GUGGCCAAGAAGGUUUUUCGUGGAGAAUCUUCCUACUAUGAGGUGAAGGAGUUUGCUCGCAAGAAUGCGGCUAAUUUCCUGUCCCUGGCAAACUUACUCAUGGGCCUGUCCUCCUUACUCUGCACCCUGAACGGGUCUUUUUUAGGUUGGGAAAGAUGACAAGGAUACGCAAGAGGCAAAUCCUGCGCCAUAUAGAACCUUAUGCAUCUCAUAGAUUUUGGCGCGACAAACAGUACUACGGUCACGCUGUGACUCGAGUGAUGGUGUGGUGGCCACAUGACCCUCUCCUGACUGCUGCAGUCCGGCCGUGACCUCAGGUUUGGUUGUCGUGCACUGGCGCGGAUGUCUUGGUUCAGGUUGCUGGUCAUGUCAUGUUGUCUUUUUCGCAGGUCGCGGCAGUGCUCCGCCUGGCUGCUCCUGAUGGCUUCAUGCUGGAUUUUGCUGACAGAGCUGUGGCCCGACAACUCGACGCGUUUUCAGCUCUAGGUGAUGUAGUAGACGUUACCUGCAGUCCUAUGUAACACAACAUAUCACCUAUUUCAGGCCUUAAAGAAGCACUCCGGUAAAUUUUUGUUUUGCUUAUAUAGUGCAGCAUAAGCUAUUAUUAAAGCAUAUUGUAGAGGUUCUUGUGUAUGCCUUGUUCCUUACCUGUUUUAGCAGAUGUGGCAGGCGAGAAAUUUCAGCCAUACUCAUUGCACACAGAAUCAUGAUUUCCUAAUGCUGCCUACAUUACCCAUGAAUCCUCUGCCUGUACAAAGGGAAGGGGUGGAGCCUGGUGGUCUAAUUACCUGGCUAGCCUCCAACAGCUGAGACUCCUAGAGUGGUUUGGUGUCAGUUCACAUGAUGUGCUUUUUUUAUGCGUAGAACAAACAUAGAAAACACACAGCAAAAAAGGUAAGUGUGAGCACAGCCUCAAGGGAGCAGUAGCGGUAUACAGAUAGAGCUGGAGGGGAGGUGUAUAACUACUAUAUAUCCUGAUCCCAUAGAGAUAGCAGCAGUAUACAGAUAGAGCUGGAGGGGAGGUGUAUAACUACUAUAUAUCCUGAUCACAUAAAGAUAGCAGCAGUAUACAGAUAGAGCUGGAGAAGAGGUGUAUAACUACUAUAUAUCCUGAUCCCAUAGAGAUAGCAGCAGUAUACAGAUAGAGCUGGAGGGGAGGUGUAUAACUACUAUAUAUCCUGAUCCCAUAGAGAUAGCAGCAGUAUACAGAUAGAGCUGGAGAAGAGGUGUAGAAGAGGUGUAUAGCUACUAUAUAUCCUGAUCUCACAGAGAUAGCAGCAGCAGUAUACAGAUAGAGCUGGAGGGAAGGUGUAUAGCUACUAUAUAUCCUGAUCUCACAGAGAUAGCAGCAGCAGUAUACAGAUAGAGAUGGAGAGAAGGGGUUUGGGAGCUAGCAGGAGGGAUCUGGUAGGUUAUGAUCCAGUAGUUCACAGGAAGUCAGAUGACCCAGGACUGACCACUUCCUCUGACACAUUAUACAUUGUGAUUUUCUGUGAGUCAGGCUGGCGAUCACAUGACCCAAUUACAGUAAUGAACCACAUGUUUGAAGCUGUGCUGGAAUAAAACAGAUGGCGCUGUAGAACUUGUAAUGUAGAGGGUGCAUGAUAUGGGCAAAAAAUAACCCACACCCGGAGUGCUCCUUUAAGGUCUAUUGUGGAGAUUUCUGGGGGGGGGGGGUCUGUCUGAUGUCUAUCAUGACAACACUGACUGUUCCCCUCAGUGACGCCAGGAUUUGGGGAUCUGGCCAGAAAGGUUUUUCAUCGCGAAUCUUCCUAUGAGACAAUGGAGUUUGCUCGCAAGAAUGCGACUGUCCGUGGCAGACUUACUCGUGGGUCUGUUGUCUGUACACGGCCCCCCGAUUGGGUCACGGCAGUGUGCUGCAUGGCUGCUCCUGGUUGGCUUUAUGCUGGAUCUGGCUGACGGAGCCGUGGCCCGACAACUCAAUGUGUGCUCAGCUCUCGGGGCCAAGCUGGAUGACUUUGCUGACUUCACUUCGUUUGGUCUGGCCACAGCAUUACUGCUCCACACCAGCAGCCCACUGGAUGCCCUGCUGGUUAUUGUUUACAUCCUGGCUGUCUUCACUCGCCUUUGUUUUUACUCCAGUGGGAUCCCCUUCAUGUACAGAGGCCUGCCCUGUCCAUAUGCAUCCGCCAUAUUGGCCUGUGCCUCAUUAUUGGCAGGAAGCAACAAGGUUGUCCUACGAUCGAUUGCCAUCAUAAUGGCUCUCUUCAUGAUCGACCAAGGAGUCUACCCACAUGACAAGAUCCUGGAGUCUCAACUGUGGAAGAAGAUGGUCUUCGCAGGUGGAGUUGUCAUGAUGUUCUGCUCCUUCUCCCCCCUGGCGUGUUUAUACUACUUGGUAUGGUCCAUGUCGUACAUUCUAUUCCCGGAGGCGUUGUGGAGUUUUAAGUUGUGAUCUCCCGGUGGUGGUGGCGGCGGACUCUCCGCCUGUGCUGGAGGGUGGCAUUGUGGUGUAACGAGUGGCGGGAUGAUGUCCUCAUAGGACCCGCGGUCGGGUGAUAUUGCGUGAUUUCAGAACACCUGGUGGCCUGCACUGUGGUCACCAUCUCUUCCAAAACCAGACGUCUCGUACAUCACGUACCCGGUGAGCCGGUGCGUUUUGUGCCUGCAGUGCUCGGCCGUGCAGUGAGUGGGUGGGUGAGGUUGAUGUAUAUAUACAGAUUGUACAGAAAUUACAGAUCCUGGAUCAGUAAAUAUAUAAUAAAUAUUGUUUUAUCUGUA